AUGCUCCUCACAAAAACCCUCAACGGGACCGAAAUCUCCUACGACACCACCGGCUACGCCACAGGACCCCCACUCGUCUUGCUAACAGGCUGGGCCCACGACCUCCAGCUCUACGACCUCGUCCUGCCCCAUCUCGCCCACAAGUUCAACGUCAUCCGCAUAAACUGGCGCGGCCACGGGCCGUCCCGAGACCCCAUACCGGACUUUGGGGUCGCCGAGCAAGUCAGCGAUACCAUUGCGCUUCUGGACGCGUUGGACGUUGAUACAUUCCACCUCGUCUCGCACUCACAUGGCGGGUGGGCGGCUCUCGGGCUUGUUGAGAAGCUCUGCUCUAGCAGUAGUAGUCGCGUCCUGUCUUUGUUUAUGAUCGACCAGAUCAUGACCGACCCCCCACCAGAGUUCGCCUCCGGGCUCAUCGCAAUGCAGGACAAAGCGAGCUGGAAAUCGGCACGGGAAGGCCUCUUCGCCAGCUGGCUGGCCGGGAGUGACAACGCUGCGGUGCGAGAUCACUUUGCUUAUAGUUUCGGGCGGUUCGGAUACGACAUGUGGGCGCGUUCAUGCCGCGUGAUUGCGGGGGCGUACGCGGAGCAUGAGAAUCCAAUGAAAAGGAUGGAGGUGCUUGCUGCGGAGCGAGGGGGCAAGAUCUGUCCGAUUCGGCAUGUGUUUUCGCAUCCGCGCGGGAAUGAGGCGUAUCGGGUGAGGCAUGAGAGCUUUCAGACUGGAAAGGGGAGCGGGUGGUUCUCGUGGAGGGAUUUGGGGGGCGCGACGCAUUUUCCGAGUUUGGAUUGUCCGGGGCUUGUGGCGGGGGAGAUUGCGGCGUUUGUCGAGAGUGUGAGUCGAGAGCCGUGA